AUGUUGCCUCAGCAACCCAACCGCAACACAGAAAUCCGCGACACGGCAUCGUGGACAAAGAAGACACCGGGCCCGCGAUACAAAUAUCUCACUCCAUCUCCAGAAGCUCACCUCUCACCAAUAACGACCACAAUGUCCUCCGCCGAUACUCGGGCCGUCCAGCUCCAGCGCGAAGGCCAAGUAGCCUACCGUAACAAAGACUACACCAAGGCCAUCAAGCUCUUUUCCCAGGCUCUCGAAAUCCCCAGAACCACCACUGCUAUGCAGCUCCACAUCCUUGACAAUCGCGCGGCAGCAAAGGAAAAGGUCGGAAAUGAGGUAUCCCUCAAAGGGGCUCUCGCAGAUGCCCGCCAGAUGAUAAAGCUGCAGAAGACAUAUGUCAAUGGCUACCUCCGCACUGGCAAGAUCCUCCAGCUCCAGGGCUGCCAUCAAAACGCAUUGAACCUCUAUAAGUACGGUUUGGAGAAGCUGGAGCCCUCUGAUGAGAAUGGGAAGGAGCUGCUGGAGAAGAUGUAUGAGAAGGUUCAUGCCCGGGUUGAACCGCCAAAGGCAAAGAUGGUGGAUAUGAUGACCGUGCUGCCGGUGGAGCUGCUAGACAUGAUCAUCCAAUAUAUCCCAUUCCCGAGCUUGAUCCUUGCUCAGGGCGUGUCGAAAUCGUGGCGCAACUUUCUUAUUAAUUCCUCAAAAACUUAUGUUGAGCUCGAUUUCUCCUCUGCAAAGAAGCCGCUUAGCAGGUCUACAGUUAUGCUUGCUGCCCAGCGCACGCAGAACAACGUCAGGAAAGCGGUGUUCAACCGGCUGGAAUUCCGAGGCGUUCAACCGUUAAUCCACCUUGCAACUCUAAACCCAGGCUUGACAGAACUCCAGCUCCUGGGAUACGAGCAGCCUCUCCCCGUCGUGGACAUCGUGAAGCACACCGAGAACCUAAGAAAGCUGAUUAUAAAAAGCGCUGUGCGUACGCAGGUCAUAUCGCAAAUUCUGGCCCAAUGCCGCAGUCUCGAAUGCUUUGAAUGCUUCGAUGUCGACCACAUGGGCUUCCGUGGCUGGACCUUUGAAAAUAAGAGCAACCUCAAAAGACUAUAUCUCAGAAUCGUCAAAGAGGAAUAUCAACCCUCCGACCAGAUGCUUCCAGCCCUAGUGGCGCAUCUCCCGGAGCUUCGUGAACUGGAAGUUUCAGAGUACGGCCCUCGCCAAACCGACCAGCUCGACUUGACGGCUGCGCCCCACCUCACCGUCCUGAGGUUGCGCAAGGUCGCAAUCACAGUUCUUCCCCUCCUCCCCCGUACAAUCAAGCAUCUUACCCUCGCAAGGCUUCCGAACUUGAGUAUUGUUCCCGAUGAUAUUCUUAAGUCACCCCUUCCAGCACUACAGGAACUAGACUUAUCCUACAACCCGAAUAUCAGAAAGAACACCUUGCUCCUUCUCCUCGAUUCAGUGUCGCCGCGUAAGCUGGUCCUGGACAUGUGCCCACGCCUCGACUUUGGGACAGUUGAUUGGCUACUUCCAUGCGGCAGCAAAUUGGAGGAAUUGUCGGUGGUGGGGAACUCAACGUUUAGUGAUAGCGUUAGCAAGGAAAUGGCGGGGUUCAAGAUGCUGAAGAGAUUGGAUAUAGGUAAUACUAAGAUUACAGGCAUCGGGCUACUGAACCUUAUCAGGAUGUCGCAGAAGGAAGGUAGUGGUGGGGGGCUACAGUAUGUCGGGUGUGAUAUGUGUGAAGGAGUAGGGCAUGAUGCGGUCCAUGUGGCUAGAAAGAUGGGGGUUGUUGUUUCCCAUAGAAUGUUGACUGAAUAUGGUGGGAAAAAAGUUCGGUAUUCUGAAUAG